CAGAAGUUUCCAAUUUGUCCAAUUAGCCCCAAAAUGAACAUGCUGUGUGAGCGUGUGUCCGCGAUCCUGGCGGGCACCCUUGUGGGCAUGUGGUACGCCAAGACCUUUCCCGCCGAAAAGGAUGCCAAGGAUAGCAAGGACAAGAAGGACAAGAAGGGAAAGAAGUAAUCGAAACCACUUCCCUUCCAUCCUGGACUUCUCCAGAACCAUUACCUUAUUGACUCGCCUUAAAUUAGCCACAGACUUGAGCAAACAAAUGGAACCUAGUCGUCGGGACAAAGAUCUCAAACC